CCGUCGUGUUUUGGCAAGAUGGCGAGCAGCACAGGAUCUUGGCAAGUUGUUGGAAAAGAUGGGAAAGCGAAUAAAAACAGUGCAGGAAAAAAGAAAACCAAGGGAAAAUCAAGUGAAGGAGCUAUGCCUAAAUUGGAUAUCAGACCUCCCAUACCUCAGUCGGAAUCUCAGUAUGCAGCUUUACAUAAAAAAGAAAAGGAAUCCUUUGUCAUACCAAAUGAGGUGUACAGUGAUGACGACUCUGAUACACAUGUUGCCUCACGACACGAGCACAAGACAAAAAAAGAAAAAAAACAGCCAAAACAUCACAAGGAUUCACAUUUAGAUGCCAAUGCCAUUUUAAUGGAAAGCUUGAAAAAGUGUGAUUCUUCAAGUUUGAAGGAGUUCAUAUCCCAGACUAAUCGCAAUGGACUGGGUUUGCUAAAAGAUUUGACAGCCUUUCUUCAAGGACAGUUCAAGCAACUUGGAAUGGAGAGAGAUCCAACUCUUGCAGCCUAUGACAAAGGAUUUCCGUUGUGUGCCAUCCCUGAUGAUGGUGUGGAAGUAAUUCUUCUUCAGCUGGAAGAUUUUACGGAAGACGAAAUGUGCCGUUUAUUUUGGUUUUGUCUUGAUGAGUUUGUGACAGAGAUCAAUAAAGGUAACGCCACAUAUGGUGUGCGAGCAAUGAUUCAAUGCAUUGUAAAAUCUUUUCCUCGUGUUUUGAUAAAAGAGCGCGACGAGUGCCUCAGUCUUGUGAUAUCAAAGGGGGAGAAUUCUCGUGAGAAAUUGUCGUUGCUUUGGGUGUUGGGACAAACUUCCAACAACGAAGAUGUGAAAGAGAGAUUAACUGUUUGGUUUAACUUACUUCUUCCUCUUAUUGAACAAAAACAUACUUCUAAUUAUAUUAUUGAUCAUCUUCAACUGACUUUAAGACUCGGCAAAUCAGAUAAAUUUAAUGAAAUACCAUUAAAUGGCAAGCAAUUUCAACGCAUGAUGGAACUAACACAUGCAACAAAAUAUUCGCAUAUCCAACAUCAAACGCAACUACAAUCUCUUUAUCCUGUAAUCAAAGCAAUCGUUUUCACCACUCGUUCAUCUGAAUCGUCAUUGAGCAGUGUUUUCGAAGAGUUGUUGUGCACGCUGAACACAGAACUAGGUGAGAAAUAUCGAAGGGAAGCCCUGAGGUGUUUAAUAGAAUGUCUAAAGAAAGACAAAACGUGUCAUUUGCAAUGGAGAAAAACCUACACCGUUCAUAUGAAGGAGUCAAGCAUACUAUUAAAGAUUAUCGUCAGUAACUGGAACUCAAUGAAGUUAAAUUAUGAGAUUCCUCAAAAGCAUCUUUUGGAGACGUUGAUCGAGUUUCAAGAGAUCAACUUAGAACAAAACAAGAGGGAACGUUAUAAGCCUGGCCUUGACGAUUGUCAAAAAUCAUGCGAGGAACUUCUUCAUAUGAUAUCCAUUAAUCCAACGCGCAUGUCAAAUCAUAGUUCAUCAGGAAUGACCAGAAUCUUUAAAUUUUUAUUUAUCAUCAUCAUCAUCUGCGUCAGUGUUGACGUCUUUAUAAAUGACGGAUAUGAAUACAGUAAAACAUCGUGGGUUUUGAAGCAAUAUGGAAUAGAAAAUCUACUACUGAAGACUUAUAAUUAUGGUAUUUUGUACGCAAGUCGAAUUAAUAGCUGGCUAGCAAAACAUUUUCCCUAUUGGUAUAAAGCAGUGAGUGAAGUGGUUGGACCGACGUCCGAUUACCUGAUGAAACAACUUGGUGAAGCUUUACUAUAUGCGCAUAACGCGACCGCUCCUGCAAGACAGUCUGUUCUUAGAAAUCUACCGCCUCUCUUAAAUAAGGUUGAUCGCAUUCUCUCGAACUUCUUCCACGCUGCGUUCACAGGUCUCCUUAAAAUAUGGGAUUAUUCCUCUCCUAUUAUUAUAAAAUACACGAAAAUAGCGUGGAACGCACUCGCGAUUUGGGUUCCACGCGUGGCAUUACGUGCGCACGAUGUUGCCUUUCAAAGUGGAAUGUGGUUUUAUGGCCUCUCGCCAGACUUUUUUGACGCCGUUCGAGACGGUUUACGACGUCUCAUUCACGAAGUGAUCACGACAGUUCCGCAUAUCUUGGCUCUUGUGCACGAGUACGUAAUGAUGGCCUGGGCUCUACUCGUCGCCAAUCUCACCAAAGCUCUUUCCUGGAUAAUUUCACGCAUUUAAUGAAAAGAUGGAAAUUAUCAAAAGGAACUUGUUUCUAAAGAUGGAAAAACUAAAGAAGAAGAUAAAGGUUUUCUAUUUAUUUCAUCGCAUUGCAACGACCUUCACUUUCCCGCGAUGUCGUUCGGUUAUUACGAGUUCGUAAAAUAAUUGACAUUUAACUUUACGUCAGUCAGUCGAGAUUUUACAAUAUUUUCAAAUAACCAGCAACAUUUUUUUUUUUUGAAAUACGAAGUUUCAAGGCAAGCGUUUUUUAAUUAUUUGAAGUCAUUGCUUCGUUGAAUAAUCCGAUCGUCUUCAAUAAUCUUUUGAAUGAUACCCAUGAAAUGGAUACUAAGGUGAUCAUAUUUCGAUCGUCUUAUCCAAUCAUGUAGUCAAUGAUCCAUACCAAAUGGUUGAUAAGAUGAUCAUAUUUUGAUCGUCUUAUCCAAUCAUGUAGUCAUUGAUCCAUACAAAAUGGUUGUUAAGAUAAUCAUAUUUUCAUCGUCUUAUCCAAUCAUGUAGUCAUUGAUCCAUACAAAAUGGUUGUUAAGAUGAUCAUAUUUUUAUCGUCAUAUCCAAUCAUGUAGUCAUUGAUCCAUACAAAAUGGUUGUUAAGAUGAUCAUAUUUUCAUCGUCUUAUCCAAUCAUGUAGUCAUUGAUCCAUACAAAAUGGUUGUUAAGAUGAUCAUAUUUUUAUCGUCUUAUCCAAUGAUGUAGUCAUUGAUCCAUACAAAAUGGUUGUUAAGAUGAUCAUAUUUUAUCGUCUUAUCCAAUGAUGUAGUCAUUGAUCCAUACAAAAUGGUUGUUAAGAUGAUCAUAUUUUUAUCGUCUUAUCCAAUGAUGUAGUCAUUGAUCCAUACAAAAUGGUUGUUAAGAUGAUCAUAUUUUGAUCGUCUUAUCCAAUCAUGCAGUCAAUGAUCCAUACAAAAUGGUUCUUAAGAUGAUCAUAUUUUCAUCGUCUUAUCCAAUCAUGUAGUCAAUGAUCCAUACAAAAUGGUUGUUAAGAUGAUCAUAUUUUUAUCGUUUUAUCCAAUCAUGUAGUCAUUGAUCCAUAGAAAAUUUUUGUUAAGAUGAUCAUAUUUUGAUCGUCCUAUCCAGUAAUAUACCAAAUGAUCCAUAUAAAAUGGUUGUACAUAACGAUCAUAUCUCGAAUGCAUUAUCGCAUUAAUCGUCAUUCUGCUCAAUCUCAAGUGGUUUGAUGCUCUUGUGUUUGCACUUUUCAUGCUGCUAAAUAAACAUAUUUAUUUUACUAACACUUGUAAUAACAAGAAGCGGAAAUCCUUGUGUGCAAUUCAUUAAACUCGAAGUUUAUACAUGUUA